GCGACAUGAGACGUGAGACGAGACGACCCGACCCCACUGCGCCAAGGGCUGCGCUGCGCCCAGCUUCGCCACGCCCUGCGGCGCCAGGCUAUUCCUGGCGCCUGCGCUGCUGCACAGCGACGACAACGACGAGGGCAAGCUGGCGCUCGCGCUCGCCAUCGCUGGCGACGACGACGUGGAGGGCGGCAACGAGGGCGGCGGGCGGUAUAUCUACCUCCACGUCCUCCUUGCUUUGACCCACUUACACCACUUAAACCUCACACAAUGGGACACGAGCACCACCGCGGCGCGUACGAGGAGUACCAGGGUUAUGGGCAGCAGAUCCAGCCCGAGCACCAGGCCAAGCUGAGCCACGAGCUCAUCUCGGGCGCGGCGGCGUACGAGGCGGCCAAGGCGUACGAGGAGCACCGCGCGCGUAAUGGCGAGCCCGAGAGCCACGCCAAGGCCAAGGAGAUCCUCGCGGGCAUUGCGGGCGCAAUUGUCGACCGCGAGUUCGAGACCAAGGGCCUCGACUGGCUCGACAGGGAGAAGGCCAAGCGCGGCGCGUAUGAGAACGCCGCCACCAACCCACCACACAAUUUCCAAGCCUCGCACGACGAGUACUCCAAGCUCGGCGCGGACACGGACAAGCACAAGGCCAAGCUCAGCCACGAGCUCGUCGCUGGUGCGGUGGCGUACGAGGUUGCUCACAAAUACGAGCAGCACAUCGCCAAGAACGGCCAGCCCGACUCGAACGUAAAGGCCAAGGAGGUGAUCGCGGGCCUCGUCGGCGCCGUGGUCGACCGCGAGUUCGAAACCAAGGGCCUCGACUGGCUCGAGAAGAAGAAGAUCAAGGCGCAGGCGGAGAAGGAGGCCGCGGCGGCGUACAAGGUCUAGACGUGCCAUGUACAGUGCCGGCGGCAACUCACCCGC